GGUAAUGACUUCUGCUACAUAUAUACACCCCAGAUACCCUGACAAGUCGUCAGUUUCUCAUUUUCGAGGCAGCAGGAGAUUACAUGGACAUCAUGAAAGCGAUUUUCUUGCUGUCUGUGCUGGUGGGUGCGGCCAUCGCGGAGGAGGCAGCCACCGUGGAGAAGCAGCAGGUGGCGGCAGUGCCGGCAGCGGCGGUAGGAGGGGCGGAGCUUGGCCCCAGGACGGGCGCCGUCGACGUUGGACAGAGGAGCGCCGUGCCGCAAACGCCCAUCUACCCGCACCCGCACCCGUUGUACUACUGGCCGUAUGCAUCUCCGGUGUCGUGGUCAGAACUGAAGCGCUCGUACGCUAAAGGAGCUGUGGCCACAGACCCCUACUCAUCCUACUACAGGAACGCGUACCAGUACCCCUACUACUACAACUACAGUCCGUACUACCCGUAUGGCGCAUACUACCCAUACAAUCCGGUGGUACCGGCCCCUGCACCUGCGCCUGCGCCAGUACCUGUGGCUCCACCUGUACCUGUGGCUCCACCUGCACCUGUGGCUGCACCUGUACCUGUGCCUGCGCCAGCACCACCUGUGGGAUCGUCCGUGUACUACGGCACCUGGCAGUAACAAGAUGCCGCCUACAAGAAAGCAGCUCCUCCGGUGUCACCCGACAACUCACAUUGUGUGGUAUCGCGUAACUUAUAAUUACACAUGUACAUGCUCCUUCCUUCAUCAGCUGAAUAAUUACAGCUCUCCACUCGAUUCUUAUACCAUUACAUAUCAGUUCAACUGUAGAGUACAAACAUUUCGUGCAACAUCAAAUAAAACUUCAUGAUAUUAA